AUGAACAGUGGAAUGGAGAUUGCGGUUCUUUCAUGGAAUAUGAAUGGAAGAGAUGGAUUAGAAAGAGUUUCAGUGAUUGCAGACUCCCAACAGGCGGAUAUUGUGUUGCUUUCGUUUCAGGAAUGCUUCAGUCCUUCCCAAAACAAAGUGAGAAGGAUCAUGGCAAAGGCAUUUCCACAUUACAGUGUAGCAAGCGUUAAUAGAGUAUGCGGGCUGUGGUCUGUUGUUCUAUGCAAGACUUCUGGAUGUGCACGUGAUGUAGAGGUGAAUACAAUGAGAAUUGGCCUUGGAGUAUUAGGCAUGAUCAACAAAGGCGCGUGUAUUUCUAAGCUGUCGAAUGGAGUGGUGUUUGUAAGCUGCCACUUGUCUGCACAUUUAGAAAACAAUAAGAGAAGAAUGCAGCAGAUCAGAACAGUAUUUGAAUGCAUCAAUGACAAAGAAACAGUAUCAAACACACGCUUGCUUGUUAUUGCUGGUGAUAUGAACUUCCGCAUGACUCAGCGAAUGUCCUUUGAUACACAAAGUAUACAUGACACAAAUGAAUCAGUAAUUGGAUCAUCAAUUAAUAGAGCUUUAUAUGAGAAUUCAGAAAGCAUAUACAAAGCAGAGUAUGAUCAGUUCAAUAAAUUCAAUAAACUGUAUCCGAUGUUUCACGAGGAUAAAAUAACAUUCAUGCCAACAUACAAAUAUGAGAUGGGAUCGAAUUGUUUUAGCAAUAAGCAGAAUCCGUCUUGGUGCGACCGAGUGCUUGUUUCAUCAUGCAAUGUUAUCCAGUUUACCAAAUACAUCACAGAUCCAAGCGUUAUGUUGAGUGAUCACAAGCCGAUUGUAUGCAAAUUCAAUGUUGCAGAAAACAUGUCUGAUGAGUGCCAAAGACAAGCGGUACCUGAUGUUGGAUAUAAGAGCCAUGUUUUUACACGCAUUGCAACGUGGAUAUAUUGCUUUAUGCAUGAAUACUACAGCAUUAUGCUGAUAAUUGCCGUAGUUCCUGUUUUUGUGGUUGUACUUAUCAAGGCAAUAAAUGCAAGACUUAAAAAUGAUACAAAUACAGAUGUAAAGAUAUAG